CGGCGGCGGCCCCCGGGCCACAGCGGGCUCGGGCGCUGGGCGGGCCGCGGCCAGCGGGCCCAGGGCUGGGCCCUCGGACGACGCCCGGCGCGGGCUGCUUGCGCGGCUGCGGCGGGAGGCGCGGUUGGGCGCGCAGGGCGCGGCGCAGGUGGCGGUUGCGGCAGCAGCAGAGCUGAAGCGGCGAGGGCUGCUGGGGGACCCCAGGGACUGCACCGUGGUGCUCCAGGCGCUGGGCAGGGCGGAGCUGUGGCCUGCGGCGCUGGGGCUGCUCGAGCACAUGGGCGCGCGGGGGCUCGGCCCGGGGCUGUUUGCCUACAACGCGACCAUCACCGCGGCGGAGAGGGGCCAUCAGUGGGAGAUGGCCGUGGCGCUGCUCCAACGUGUGAGCGAGGGGGCGCUCGCGCCAGACAUCGUCACGUUCAACUCCACCCUGAGCGCGCUGGAUAGGGGCCAGCAAUGGCGGCGCGCCCUCCUGCUGCUGGGGUCGCUGCCAGAGAGGCGGACGGAGCCCAACGUCGUCACCUACUCCGUCGUCGCCAACGCCUGUUGCAGCGAGGGAUGGCCCUGGGCGCUGCGGCUGUUCCAGGCCAUGCUGCAAGGGCGGCUGCGGCCAGACGAGAUCGCCCACAACACUGCGAUCCGGGCGUGCGACACGGGCCAGCAGUGGCAGCUGGCCCUGUGCCUCCUGCGGGGCAUGGAGGGCCGCGGCGCCCGACCAAGCGCCAGGUCCUACAACGCGGCCGCCAGCGCGCUCGGGCGCGCGUCGCGGUGGCGGGGCGCGCUCGCGCUGCUGUCGGAGGCGCGGGGCCGCAGGCUGGGCCCGGACCUGCUGGCGGUGAACCUCGGGGUGGAGGCGUGCCGAAGGGGACAGCGGGUGCACGUGGCCCUGGAGCUGCUGCGCGAGCUGCCCGCGCUGCGGCUCGAGCCCGACAUGGCCAUCCUCACGUCCGCGAUCGCCGCCUGUGAGCCCGGGCAGCAGUGGGGGCACGCGCUCGCGCUGCUUCGCCAGGCCGCGCGCCUGGAAGACGGCGCUCGAGGCACGCUCCUCUUCGCCUACAACGCCUUCCUGGGCGUGUGUCGCGGGGCAGGCCAGUGGCUGCUGGCCGCGCAGGCGCUCGCGGAGCUGCGCGCCGCGGGCCUGCGGCCCAGCGUGCCCACCUUCAUCGCCGCCACGGGCGCGCUGGCCAACGGCCACCACUGGCAGGCGGCGGCUGGGCUGCUGGGGGAGUUCGCCCAGGC